GGCGCAUUGUUUAAUGUGUUACAUUUGUAACGCGUACCAUUUACAGUCUCUACGAUUUGCUAGACUUUGUUCGUCCGUACACCAAGAUGUUUGGCUUUCAUAAGCCGAAGAUGUACCGGAGUUUGGAUGGCUGCUGUAUCUGCAGAGCAAAAUCCUCUAGCUCUCGAUUCACAGACAGCAAACGCUAUGAAAGGGACUUCCAAAGCUGCUUUGGAUUGUGUGAAACCCGUUCCGGGGAAAUCUGCAAUGCAUGCGUCCUUCUGGUUAAGCGCUGGAAGAAGCUUCCAGUGGGUUCCAAGAAGAACUGGAACCAUGUUGUUGAUGCGCGAGGUGGGCCAAGCCUGAAGACAACCGUGAGAUCCAAGAAGAUGAAGUCACUUUCAAGGAGAGUCAGGCCAAGCCAGAUCAGCAGAGUGCAGAAAGAGCUCAAGAGACACAACUCAGAUGCUCACAGCACCACCUCAAGCGCUAGCCCUGCCCAGUCUCCCAGCUACAGCAACCAAUCAGAUGAAGGCUCUGACUCUGAGCUGGCACCUGGCUCCACCCGCUCCCCAGUCCUCUCCUUUCUGGACUUGACAUACUGGAAAAGACAGAAGGUGUGCUGUGGGAUCAUUUACAAAGGGCGCUUUGGAGAGGUGUUGAUUGACCCCCACCUGUACAAGCCUUGCUGCCAGAAAAAACAAGAGCAGAGGCAGGAGGAAGAAGAGGAAGAGGAAGAAGAGGAGAUGGAGGAGGAAGAAGAGGAAGAAGUUCCAGCCAGCCAGGAGAGCAGGAUCGCCUCUCCUCCACAGAGUUCCCAGUCUCCACAGGCCCCCAGUAAAAUGGAGGGAGAAGAGGAAGAGGAAGAAGAGGAGGAGGUUGCGGCAGAAUGGUGA